GACAAAACAGCAUUAUAAUGAAGUGCUGCAGAGAUGCCCUGGCCUACAAAUCUUGUUCUCCAGAUGUAAGAAACAAGUUUUUUACCUUAUCUUGCAGCCCUAUUUUAUAUUAUCGUUAUCUUUGCUAAAACAAACACAAUUAAUAAUCUUGCACUUACAUAAAUGCCUUAAAAUUGAAUAAAUGUCCCGUUUUAAGAAUUGGCUUUGUCGUUUAUAUAUCUAAUGUACAAUUGGUUUAUAAGUAUUCAUAAGUAAACAUUCUGGCCUGUUUUAUAACUAAAAUUCAACAAAAGUACACUCACUGUCCACUUUAUUAGGUACACCUGUACAAUGUAAUGUUGCCACUGUCAGAAAGGUGUUAAUUCUAUGAUUAUUAUUGAGGUCGUAGUGGAUGGUGGCGUUGUACUGGAGGGCCAUAUAUUGAAAGUGUUUCUAAUAUUUUGUCCACCCCAUUUACAUACCUGACGAGGGCUGUUGUCUUGGAUUGCAUUAGAUUGUACAGGUGCACCUAAUAAAGUGGCCAGUGAGUGUAUUUACUGUAUGGAGAGGAGAGCAGCAACGAUUAGUCGAAUAAUCAUUUGGCAGUUCUGCUUUUUCUGUCACAGUAUUUAUCGGAUGAGUGGUGAGAACUACAUUCCUGGCAUUUAUGACCAUGAGUACGGCAACAGUAACACAAACCUGUGAAACAGCAGUCAAUGUGUUUAAUUUAUCACCAGGUGCACGAUGAGCGCAGCAGCAGAGGAUGAGGAGGCUGCAGCGUUAGAAACUGUCAAGUCCGUCACGCUCACUCAGGACAGUGAUGGAAGCAUCAUACUGCACUGUCCUCACAACGAUGAGGACUCGGAGCCCCUUCAGAAGAAACUGCGUCUCUCUACAGAAGAACAGGAAGACUCGGACACACCUCAGUUCUCUGUGGUCACCUUACCGAUGUCGGAGAACGACGAGGGCUUCGAGGUGACGAUGACGGCAACAGCAGACGAGGAUCUCUCUGAGGAGGGUGUCGCUCAGAUUCAGAUUUUACAGGAGGACGAGGACUCUCUCUCACCCAAUCAGAAGACAGAGGUGUCACCUGUCAGUCAGGCCUGGUUCACUACGAAAGAAGACAAAGACACACUGACUAACAAAGGUCAUAAGUGGAAGCAGGGCAUGUGGUCUAAAGAGGAGAUUGACAUUCUGAUGAACAACAUCGAUCGAUAUGUAAAGGGCCGAGGCAUCGAAGACCCAGCAGAGAUCAUUUUUGAGAUGUCCAAAGAGGAGAGGAAGGAUUUCUACCGCUCGGUGGCCUUGGGGUUAAACAGGCCGCUUUUCGCCGUCUACAGACGAGUUCUACGAAUGUACGACAACCGCAACCACGUCGGCAAGUACACUCCUGACGAGAUAGAGAAGCUAAAAGCGUUGAGGGAGAAGCAUGGGAACGACUGGGCGACUAUCGGAGCAGCUCUGGGUCGCAGUGCCUCUUCUGUUAAAGAUCGCUGCCGACUGAUGAAGGACACAUGCAACACAGGUAAAUGGAGUGAGGAGGAGGAGAGACGUCUCGCUGAGGUUGUAUAUGAGAUGGCAGGCGUGUCGCCGGGGUCUGCGGUCACAGGAGGCGUUUCCUGGGCGACGGUCGCCGAACAGGUUCGCACGCGCUCAGAGAAACAGUGUCGGUCGAAAUGGUUGAACUACCUGAACUGGAAACACAGCGGAGGAACAGAGUGGAUGAAGGAGGACGACCUCAACCUCAUACGCAGGAUAUCGGAGCUGGAAGUGGAGGAUGAGAAUGAAAUAAAGUGGGAGGAUCUUGCAGGCGGGUGGAGCAGUGUCCGAUCGCCUCAGUGGCUGCGAUCUAAGUGGUGGAGCAUCAAGAGACAAGUAGCCAAUCACAAGGAGAUCCCCUUCAGUGUCCUCCUGAAAGGUCUCCAGGAGCUGAUGGCGUCCUCACAGACAUCAUCCGGACCAGGAAGUCCCUCCUCGCUCCAGAUCCGACUCACCCGAUUGGAGGAGAGCAGCGGCAGCCCCGCCCCCAGCUCUGUGGCCGCGUUGCAGAUUCCCGUACAGAUCCCGCUGCAGAUCACACACCUGGCCUCAGAUUCGUCAGCAGCAGCCAGCGACAGUGAAACCAUCACUCUGAACACAGGAGCCCUGCAGACCUUCGAGAUCCUGCCCUCCUUCCACCUGCAGCCCACCGGCACCCCGGGGACCUACUAUCUCCAGACGACGUCCAAUCAGGGCCUGCCGCUCAGCCUCUCCACCAAUCAGGGCCUUCCGCUCGGUUUAGCCAAUAACAGCACGGUUACCCUGACGACAGGCUCCUCCCCCUCAUUGCAUGAACACAUCAUCCUUCACAGCCUGUCGACGGACGGCCUCUGCUCCAGCGAUGGUGUCAUCAUCCAGACAGUCACCUCUGACCCCGCCUCCUCAGACCCUCUCAGCCAAUCACAGCUGGUUGUGGAGACAGAGGGGCGGGGCCAGGACGACCGCCUCGAUGCCACAAGUCUCCUGGAGGGUUCAGAGAACGUUGUCACGGAAACUCAGGAGCCAAUGACAGAUGGCUUCACUGACAAGGAGCUGAGUUCCCCCUCUUCUGAGGGUCCAGUGGUGCAUUCUGGGAUAACAUCUGGCAGCGCCGUGCUGAUUGUGUCUCCUCCCAACAUCAGCAGCACACUGACAGAUCCGAUCUUGGAGAACCAGGAAGGCUCCGACUGAGCUGGACUACAGGAGGAGGCUACUCUCUGUCUCUUUCUUCCUCUGUGGUGACGCUGGUGAAGACCUGCACAAGACAACACCACCACCAACAAAGACAGCAGCUGUGUGCUCAGUGUGGUGAACAGACUCCUCUCCUGUUUUAAACCAGGAUGUGAACACGUUUAAAACGGACUUGCGUGUUUGUAAAUGAAACAGAACUUUUGAAUCUGUGUGAAGCUUAAUGUGUUUAAAGCGUCAUACUGAACCCCUGGAUGAAAUGUGAAUGCAGCGCUGCACGAGCCGUCAGACGCCCAAAGAGACUCUGAAGACUGGGAUAGAUGUGAACUGACACUCUCCCCUUUAAAAAAACAUGUUCAUAUGUACAUAUAAUUAUGUAAACAUGAAGAGAACAUGAAUUUUUGUUGGAAAAUUGAAUGAUUAAUGUGAUUAUAAAAAAUAAACUAUUUCAAUUCGUUUUUCACUUUA